UUUUUAUUAGAAAUUUCUAAGAUGGCGUGCUGUCACCGUGUCAGAUGUAUGUUAUAAUUUUUUAGAUGCAUGAUAAAGUCGCGUAGUUUGACAGGUUUCAUUUGUAGUGAAAGAGCAGACGUCGUAUCGCAAAUAGUAAACAAAUUUUUCAGUCCAUUGAAGCUUCGGAUAAUUUUGUUAUGGAAACCGAAAAGCGAUCAGAUUUAUACGAAGAAUGGAAAAGACGGGCCUUCCUGGGUCCACUUCCACAAGGAUUCCUUGGAGUAGAAGAACGCAAUGCCCAACAGCAGCAAGAAGCAGCAGAUCAGCAAGCUGCACUCGCGCUUCAUCAAUUACAGAUGCAAAAUAUGCCUGGAAUGCAUGAACCACAUGUAGUUGGUAGACUUAGUAUAACAAUUGUUCAGGCUAAACUAGUGAAAAACUAUGGAAUGACAAGGAUGGAUCCUUAUGUGAGAAUGAGAGUGGGUCAUUCAAUUUACGAGACACACACAUGUUCGAAUGGAGCAAAGAAUCCGCAUUGGAAUAAAGUUAUUCAUUGCUAUUUGCCACCAGGAGUUACGCAAAUAUAUGUAGAGAUUUAUGAUGAGUGUUCUUUUGUUAUGGACGAGUUGAUUGCAUGGGGCCACAUAGAUAUUCCACCACAGGUCCUUCAAAAGGGAGAGACGCAUGAAGAUUGGUGCAUGCUUAGCGGGAAACAAGGAGAUAAUCAAGAAGGGAUGAUAAAUUUAGUUUUUAGUUAUACGGUAAAGACCAAGUGCCACCCGUAUAUGAAUGCACCUUCAGUCAUGAGGGUUCCAUCAUCGACAGUAUUCGGCGUGUCACAGUAUGCACCGGUUAAUGUUUAUACGACACCACCCGCGGCUGCAGCUAUACCUGUUGUUCCCAGUUCUUUGCCAACUGCUGAAAUUGAAUUAAAACAGAUUUCAGAAAUGUUCCCAAACGUGGAUAAGGAAGUGAUUAAGUCGGUAUACGACGCGAAUCACGGGAAAAAAGAUAUAACUAUAAAUUCAUUGUUGCAAAUGUGCGAAUAAGUAAUUUUUUAUAAAUUACUAUAUU